CCACUGUUCCGUGUCUUCGGCUCCAGGAACUCUUUGGUGAGUCCACUAUAGCCCCUGUUAUCCUGUGACCUGCAGGGACUGGGAGACCCCUAGGGAGGACGACGGAGCAUCCGGAGGCUGGGAAAUGGGAGUGUUAACAUUCAGGGAUGUGGCCAUAGAAUUCUCCCCAGAAGAGUGGGAAUGCCUGGACUCUGCUCAGCAGCAUUUGUAUAGGGAUGUGAUGUUAGAGAACUACAGAAACCUGGUCUCCUUGGGUCUUGCUAUCUUUAAGCCAGACUUGAUUACCUGUCUGGAGCAAAGAAAAGAGCCCUGGAAUUUGAAGAAACAGGAGACAGUAGCCAAAUACCCAGCUGGCUCUUUUCUUUUUACUGCAGAGAUAUUGCCGGAGCACGACAUAAAAGAUUCAUUUCAAAAAGUGAUUCUGAGAAAAUAUAGAAGCUGUGACCUGAAUAAUUUACAUUUAAAGGAAGACUACCAAAGUGUGGGUAAUUGCAAGGGACAGAAAAGCAGUUAUAAUGGCCUUCAUCAAUGUUUGCCAACUACCCAUAGGAAAACCUGUCAAUAUAAUAAAUGUGGCAAAGCUUUUGAGUUGUGCUCAAUCUUCACUGAACAUAAGAAAAUUUUUAGCAGAGAGAAAUACUACAAAUGUGAAGAAUGUGGCAAGGACUGUAGGUUCUCAGAUUUUACUAGAAAUAAGAUAAUUCAUACUGCAGAGAGAUGCUACAAAUGUGAAGAAUGUGGCAAAGCCUUUAAAAAGUUUUCAAACCUUACUGAACAUAAGAGAGUUCAUACUGGGGAGAAACCCUACAAAUGCGAGGAAUGUGGCAAAACCUUUACCUGCUCCUCAACCCUUAUUAAACACAAGAGAAAUCAUACUGGAGACAGACCCUACAAAUGUGAAGAAUGUGGCAAAGGCUUUAAGUGCUUCUCAGACCUUACUAAUCAUAAGAGAAUUCACACUGGAGAGAAACCCUACAAAUGUGGAGAAUGUAACAAAUCCUAUAGGUGGUUCUCAGACCUUGCUAAACAUAAAAUUAUUCAUACUGGAGAGAAACCCUACAAAUGUAAUGAAUGUGGAAAAUCUUUUAAGUGGUUCUCGGCCCUGAGUAAACAUAAGAGAGUUCAUACUGGAGAGAAACCCUACAUCUGUGAAGAAUGUGGCAAAGCCUUUACCCGCUCCUCAACGCUUAUUAACCACAAGAGAAUUCAUAUGGAAGAGAGACCUUACAAAUGUGAAGAAUGUGGCAAAACUUUUAAGUGCUUCUCAGACCUUACUAAUCAUAAGAGAAUUCACACUGGAGAGAAACCCUACAAAUGUGAAGAAUGUGGCAAGGCAUCGAGCUGGUUCUCACACCUCAUUAGACAUAAGAGAAUUCAUACUAGAGAGAAGCUCCACAAGUGUUAAAAAUGUGGAAAAGCCUUUAACAAGUCAUUAUAUCGUGUUCAACAUCAGAGAUUUAAUAAUGAAUGCAGUAUAAAUGUUAAGUCUGUUGAAGAACAUUUAACAUCUUGGAGGAUCGCUUUAAGAACUUGCUUCAUAAUAAUUUAUGUGAAAGAAUAUGGUCUGUGGUUGCCGCAUCAGAGUUAAUGAGAGGUUCUUCUAGAUUAAAUGAACAAAGUUGUAUACCUUUCCAUGGAAGAGUAAGAAAACUGAAAUCUAAGAUACAUGAAGAAAUUAUAAGUGGAAAGGCCACUUAGUGGUUGGUUUACAACAGUAUCGUAAGUGACAGGAUAGGUGUGUGGUAAGUGAUCAGGAUAACAUUCUGCAUAGUAAGAGAAAGAGUUUGAAUUUUAGAAGGAAAUUUGCUUUACCAUUUGCAAAUUAGGGUAACUAAAAUACAGUGAAGUUCCAAAUGCCUUUUUAAUGCAAUGUGUGAACUUAAUUUUUCAUAAACUAAAAUUAUUGUGUUAAGGCUAUUUUACAUUGAAUGUGUAUCUUGCCACUGAUGUUAACUUAUCCCAGCUUACCCAAGAUUAUAGAUAACAGAUGGUAACAAUAUACUAUUGGGUGACAGUGGAAUAACCUCUCUCCUGAUUCCUUUGUCAGUGGUCUUUAACUUAAAAUGAUUUGGAAGAUAUGGUUUCUACAACUUACAUUGUUGUUUUUCUUGUAACUACAGGUGAUUAUGAUGGUUGUAAUGAAGAUUAUUUGAGUAUAAUGGAGCUGUGUGUUUCUGAAUUCUGAACAACUGUUUACAAAAUUUUAUCCUUUUUUGUUGAACAUAUAACUUGUCUGCUAAACACACACAGAUUUUUAGUUUUGAUUUACAUGGAUUUAAAUAACAGAUAUGUCACUGUAAACUUUAGGUGUAACAGAUUUAUACAGACAGUAAUCAUAUUUGUUUAUAGUUGUGUGCCUACUUUGAGAAGAAAAAUAUUAGAAUAAAACAUAACUUUGCACGUGUUGAUAACUUACCAGCAAACCAGAAACUUCAGAUAUUUUGAAUGCAAAUCUAUUAAGUUCAUUUAACUGAAAUGUUAUUGCUCCUGGCUUAGAGUCAUCUUGUGCAAAUUCUCUUUUUUGUUGUUGUCUGUUUGCCUGUUUCUCACCAUAGACAUAUUAUUUUUGUCUAAUUUUAUAAAACAUUUUGUAUAACCCCUCAGAUUAUGAAAGUGAUAAAGUUUAAUGAUAUUCACAAAAUAAUUUUCACACUUGAAUAAUUUCAAUGCAUGUUAUUUCCUAUGUUUUAUAUUUUGUUUCAAUUAGAUAAUGCUGUUUAAUCCAAUUUUCAUUCAGUUAUUGUUUCCUUUAUAAAAUUGACAUAAUUGAGUCUAUUAAAUUUAUUAGAUCAGUUUAUUCAAGUAAACAGUUGAACGUUUAAAAAGUCAUUCGUUCUUUUUGGCAUAUAUGUGAAGUAAACAAAUACAGUAUUAGCUAUGUAAUAGAACUAAUUAUUAGAAAUACUGUUUUUGAAAUUAAUUUGUGGUCUCAGGUGAAAAAUUGAAAAUACCUAUGGUAAAGAAAUGAAAUUAAUUCUGCAUAUGAAGAGAGCAUAAUUGUACCCGUGCUGCAUAGUUAACUCUCACAAUUGAAACCAGAUGAAGAGAUGAACAUUCUAGCAAGAAGAGAAAAACUUAAUUGUUGUUGGAUGAGACUUGAUCCCUUGGCUAGUGAAGGUGAAGGCACCAUGAAUGUCUGACAUUUUCCAGCCCAGAGGAGAUGGGGAUGAGGAGCCACCAUUCUCCUGUCCAUCCCAUAUGUCCCUGAGGCUGUUGGGGUGGGGUGGUACACAGUUUCCUCUACCCUUGGGAGAGGUCCAAGGAUGAAAAGGCUUACAAACAAAAGAAAAUAAUUUUUUGGUUUACAUUUUACCCUUCCUCAAGCUCCACAUCUAGACACUGAAAUGUUAUAGAACUUUCUCCAUUCAGCUAAAAGCAGGAUCUUGUCACAUGACCAGGAAUGAAUAGGCUAAUAGACAUACUGAAUAGUGAUGAGUAAAGUUUAUUGGGCAAAAAG